AUGAAUGAUUCACAUAAAUAUCUACAGAAUUUGAUGGAUUAUGUUCAAUUAGAGGUCAGGGCCAAAUCGAUUGAGUUUAAACAUGAUCCUGUCACUAACUUUUCUGUUGAUUUAGAAGAUUUAAGAUCCGUUACGUACUUCUUAUCAACAAUACAAUUACCAACAAAAGAUUCGAUCUUUUCAGAGCUCAAAUAUCUUAGCGAAGAGUCAAUUUCAUUAGAAGAUCUAAAAAAGAACAUUGAAGAACAAAUUAAUGCUUUAUCUACUAUGACAGGCAACAUAGAAAGCUAUAAAAAGUUUCUAACAAGCAAUAUCCCUAUGUUUACACGAUAUUUUUACAACUUAUGCGAUCCGAAUAAUGAAAACCUUGAUGAGAAAACAUUGAAAGCCCAUAAAUUGUUUUUCUUGAAAGAAAUGAAAGAGUUGUCAUUCCAAAUUACUUCAAUUUAUGAUAAAAACAAUCAAUUAGUUCAUUAUCGAAAUUCUCCAACGCAAAGUAUCCAAUUAUUAGUUGGUGCUAAUCCACCAUUCCUUCAAGAAGUUAUCUGUAACAUAGAACAAUGCAUUUCAGAUCCAAUUUUUGCGAAAUACAAAAAAACAUUAAAUGCAGCAAAAUCUCUUUGCGAGAAUAUAGCUAAUGAAGUAACAUUAGCUUUUAUUAGUUCAAAAGAUCAUUAUUCAAAAGCAGAUUUUGCAAAUUUAGUUUCAUUCCGAAAUCAGCUCAAAGAAUUCAUUUCUUUUACAGGACAUAUUGAUUAUACUGCUAAAACUAAUCUUUCUCAGACAUGCUCAGUGUUCUUGUAUCAUUUAGACAACAUUUUAUUCGCAUUAUGUUUUUUGACACCACAAAAAGUGACAAAUUUGAUAGAUGUAUCGUCAACAGCCAUAGAAAUGACAAAUCUCAUCAAAGACAUCAAAAUAGGUGAUGAAAUAUUGACAUUCUUGAAUACAAUUUACAUGGCAUACAAAAGCAAUUUCAUGAUACAAGGAACUAACCAAGAACUUUUGAAAUUUUUGGAUUUAUUGACAGAAGAUUUUGAAAGAAAAGUGACAUUGCCAUCAAUUUUAGAAAAUCCAUCAAAAGGAUACUUUUUAUCUGUCUUGUUUUCAAAACUCUGUUUGAAUGUAAGCAAAAUAGAAUUCGAUCAAGGAAUUUUUGAUAUAAAAGAGGUUAUUUUUGACAUCACUUCACUUUUGACAAUUUUAGACAAACUACAAACUCUUAAGCCAAAAUCAAAAUACAGGAUUAAUGAAUACGAGAAAUAUUUCAUAAAUAACUCAAAAACAGCAAAAAGUUUACAAACAAAUAAUGAAGAAUCAGAAUUUUCAUUCAAAAAACUCGAAACAAUCAACUUAGAUGAAAUCAAUUUAGAUGAUGAAAACAAGAUCAAAGAGAUCUAUGAAUUGAUCAAGAAAUCUUUUCCUUUUGUUGAAAAUAACAAUAAAUUAAAUGAUUUUCUUGUUAAAACAAAGAAAUUCAACAAAAUUGUAAAAGAAAUGAAUAUCAGAGCAAACAAAAUGACUCCUGAUUACUCACAAUCAAAUCUUUUGAAUGGAAUUUGCUUCAUUUUAGAUUUAUCUUUUGCAGAAGCAUUAGAAAUUUCGAAAUUUGAUGAUAAUUUAUUAUCAUUCGUCAAAAAACUUGAUUCAAUGGUUAAGUUUUACGACAAGAUGAAACAAAAAGUAACUUAUCCUUCAAUAUCUAUAUACACAAAACAAAUGAAAGAAGAUAUUGAAUUUUUAUCGUCAAAAGUGACAUUUGAUGACAAAUAUCGUGAAUGUAAUUUAUCAAUUCAUUUCGAGACAUUAAUAGAGUUGUUAUCUAAAUUUGUUUCAUUGAUAGGAAUGAAUCAAACAGAGAAAACAAACAUUAAAUUUGUUAUUGAUUGUUUAGAAAAAGUGACAGUAGAUUUGUCACUUUUAUAUCAAUCUUUUACUAUUGAAGAUGAGAAUUUCAUUUUGUAUGGUCAAUUUGUUUGUGAAAUGAGUUCAUAUUUCAAUACAAUAAGUCAGAAUCUUCAUAGCAAGUCAAACUUGGAUGUUUCUUUGAUCAAAGGAAUUUCCAAUUUAUUAGGAAAACUUGAAGAUCUUUUAUCAUUGUUUAUGACUAACAAGUCAUUGUUUACAAAAUACUGUGGUUUCCUUUCUGAUGUUUCCAAAGUUAUUUACAGUAUUUCAUGA